AUGCAAUACACGCGAGAAAGCGCUUUCGGUAAAGCCCCCCAAGCGCCUUACUCCAGAAUUUUCAAGACGCAGAAUGGAAAGAAGCGCUCCUUUCUGUCAAAGGUCAAGUCGCUGUUUGCGAACAACAAGUCGGACGCCGCAAGCUCUUUCAAUCUAGUGAGGGCACCAGAAUUUCUCGGGGCAAGGACUCCAGGUGGGUUUUACGAUCAGCCUUCGGAGAGUUUGGUCGCCGCAAAGCACAGGCAGGUUGAAAAACGCCAGAAGGAACAGGAGGAUGUUUCCCGUGCCGAAAGCCUCGACGAGGCGAACGUCUCUAACUCAGCGCUUGCUAGCUUUUUCCGCCAAAAGGGUGACGAGGCAUUGAGCGAAGUUGAGUACGAGGGUGUUUUGUCUUUGAUGAAAAAAAGCAGGAACGUCUCGACAGAGCUAUUUCCACGGAGCGAAUUUGUUUCUGAGAGUUCGAUUUUGCAGGCCGAUGCCUCACCUGUUUUGAAAUCCGACGCCAAUCCUGGCGAAACGUCACUCAAAACUCCACAAUAUUAUCCCAAGUACGACAAUUCUUUUACAACGGCAAACACAAGUAUGAAAAGCACGUCGUCUACGAAUUCCAGGAAGUCCAGAGUCUUCGAUUAUUCUAGUCUUCCUUCGCCCUACAGGUCAAGGUCAUACCGACACGGCGUCGUAGAUUUUUUGGUCAGCAAUAAAAAAGCCAAGACAAACGAGGACAGCGUCACAGUUUCUGAAAACCCAGCUCAAGAAAAGCUCAGUAAUACUGCAUCUGCUCUAUUAUCGCUUCUCGAUUCUGGAGAGACCAAACAGCAACCGUCAGGACUUGCUAAUCCUUACUCGAGUCGUGUCUCUGAGCUCAAGAAAUUCAAGAAGUCUGUUGAACCUCAACUGUCGGCUCCAGAUACCCCGUCGAAAGGAGUUAUUAACCCUGCUCAGUCAAUUGCCUUGAGUGAAAUACAGAAUAGCGAGGAAAAAGAAGGCAGUAAGAACGAGAAGGUCUCGGUGACGCAGCAAUUCACUAAAUACAAGCCUGAAAAAGCCUCAUCGCUGCGCACCACAGUCUCUGCACCAAAGUCGUCGCAAGAUGAUUUGUCGAGGGGACAUGAUGCCGAGUCAUCUUCGUCUGCCGUUCCCAAGUCAAUGGCCUUCAAUUUCUCGUAUCCGCAGUCAUCACGCACCGACUCUACCUCAGUUGAGGGACCAGCUCCUGGUGCAGGGCCUUCUUUAACCUCCGAACGUGAGCCAAGAUCAGGUGAAGAGUUCAAGGGCGCUGAGAAAAGUGACUCCCGUCCCGCCAUGAGCUUCAGUCUUGCGUCACAACCACAACCACAACAUAGAGCCGAGCUGCAAAGUUCGAAGAAAGAAUUUGAGCCUGGUUCUGGAAAAAGUUCUUUCACUAUUCAGAUAAAUCGAAAAGCAAAUACUCUCGAGAAACCUGAGGUUUGUCCACCUAACACAGAAUCGAGGAAACCACACAAAAUCCCAUCGGAAAUUACUUUCGACUUCACGCCCCCUCCAAAGUCCGGGUUUGAGCAAGAGUUUCUCAAUGUAGAGCUAGUGAACUCUUUGAAAAGUACUUUUGCAUUUUAG